AUGAGUUCAACAGAUAUCCAAGGUGAUCAAGGUGACAAUGAAAAGAUAUACGCCAUUGAGAGCAGUCCCUCCAAUGAGCAAAUAAAAGAUAUUCAUGAGGCUCCGGCCGACAACAAAAGUGAACUAGACAUCCCAGUCAAACCCAAGGGUUCCUAUAUCUUGGUGUCUGUGUUAUGUCUUCUAGUCGCAUUCGGUGGUUUCGUGUUCGGUUGGGAUACCGGUACCAUCUCAGGUUUCGUUAACAUGUCUGACUUUACGAGACGUUUCGGACAGUUUAACGGUGAAACGUAUUACCUUUCUAAAGUGAGAGUUGGUUUAAUUGUUUCUAUUUUCAACAUUGGUUGUGCUAUCGGAGGUGUCACUCUAGGUAAACUUGGUGACAUUUGGGGUAGAAAGAAGGCUUUGAUGUUCGUCAUGGUCAUCUAUAUGGUCGGUAUUUUGAUUCAAAUUGCUUCCAUUGACAAAUGGUACCAGUAUUUCAUUGGAAGAAUUAUUGCAGGUCUGGCCGUCGGUGCAGUUUCCGUUUUAUCCCCCAUGUUCAUCAGUGAGACUUCUCCUAAACACAUCAGAGGUUCCUUAGUCUCCUGCUACCAAUUAAUGAUUACAGCCGGUAUUUUCUUGGGUUACUGUACCACUUACGGAACCAAGACUUACACCGACUCCACCCAAUGGAGAGUUCCUUUGGGAUUGUGUUUCGCUUGGGCCAUUCUGAUGAUUGUUGGUAUGACCUUCAUGCCAGAGUCCCCACGUUUCUUGGUUGAGGUUAACAGAGUCGACGAGGCUAUGAAGUCCAUUGCCAGAGUUAACAAGGUCUCUAUCGACGAUCCAUCUGUCUACAAUGAGAUGAGACUUAUUUCUGACGGUAUUGAGAAGGAGAAGGAGGCUGGUAGCGUUUCUUGGGGUGAACUGUUCACUGGUAAGCCAAAGAUUUUCUACCGUCUAUUGAUUGGUAUUUUCAUGCAAUCUUUGCAACAAUUGACCGGUAACAACUAUUUCUUCUACUACGGAACUACCAUUUUCAAGGCUGUCGGAUUGGACGAUUCUUUCCAAACUUCUAUCAUUCUUGGUGUUGUCAAUUUUGCUUCCACAUUCCUAGGUAUCUACACCAUGGAUAAAUUUGGUAGAAGAAGAACACUUUUAGGAGGUUCUGGAGCCAUGGUUGUUUGUUUGGUCAUUUUCAGUUCCGUUGGUGUCAAGUCUCUUUAUGAGAACGGUAAGGAUGAUCCAUCCAAACCAGCAGGUAACGCCAUGAUUGUCUUCACCUGUCUGUUCAUUUUCUUCUUUGCAUGUACCUGGGCUCCAGGUGUUUUCGUCGUUGUGUCUGAAACCUACCCACUUAGAAUUAGAUCCAAGGGUAUGGCCAUCGCUCAAGGUUCCAAUUGGCUUUGGGGUUUCCUCAUUGCCUUCUUCACUCCAUUUAUCUCAGGUGCCAUUGAUUUCGCCUACGGUUACGUCUUUAUGGGAUGUACUCUGUUCGCCUUCUUCUUUGUGUACUUCUUCGUUCCUGAAACCAAGGGUCUGUCGCUGGAAGACGUUGAUGAAGUCUAUGAGAACCUUACCUUCGGAAGAGCAUAUGCAUACAGCCACACGAUUAAAGACAAGGGCGCCCUAUAA